AUGAAGAUAUCCAAAGAAAUUCGUGUUCUUAAAGUGCCUCAGAAAUUUCCAGGAGAUCAAAAAGAAUACAAAUUAAUUCAAUUAGAAAAUGAACUUAAAGUGUUGUUAAUUAAACAAAAAAGUGGUAAAGAUUGUGGAAGAAAUUCAAAAUUGAAACAAAAUCUUGCAGCUGUUGCGCUUUGCGUUAGUUCCGGAUGCUUUGAUGAUCCACAAGAAGUUCAAGGUCUUAGUCAUUUCCUUGAGCAUAUGAUAUUCAUGGGAUCGGAAAAGUAUCCAAAAGAGAAUGAAUUUGAUCAAUUUGUGUCGGCACAUGGAGGGUUUGAUAACGCAUACACUGAACAUGAAUACACUUUAUUUCACUUUGAUAUCAUCGAGAAGCAUCUUGCAGGAGCUUUAGAUCGUUUCUCACAAUUUUUCGUCUCACCUUUAAUGUCGUUUGAAAGUAUGGAUCGAGAAAUGGAAGCAGUCGAAUCAGAAUUCCAAUGUAACAGUUCAGAUGAUGACGUGAGAUUACAACAAAUUUUCUGUUCAAUGGUGAAGGAUAAUCAACCAGCUUCAAAGUUUAUUUGGGGAAACUUCGAGACACUAAAAUAUGGAAUAAAACGAGAAAAACUUUCACAAAAGCUUCAUGAGUUUCGUAAACAAAAUUAUGUAGCGAAUCGAAUGUUUCUCUGUAUUCAGUCAAGUGUUGAUAUGAACAGAUUAGAAAGGACAAUCGUAAAAUGUUUUAAAGACAUUCCAAAGUCUAUUCAAAAUAUUGAAAGCGUGAGUGUGUUCAAUGAAUUUGAAGUAUUCAAGUCUGAAUUUAGUGAAAAAGCUUUCUUUGUUCAAUCAAAUGGUGAAAAAUGUAAACUUUUGAUGACCUUUCUAUAUCCGGCAUUAGAAGGAAAAGAAAUAAAAUUUCUUGAUUAUUUGGCAUCAUUGAUUCACUCUGAAGAGAGCGGAAGUUUGUCAGAUGUUUUUAUAGAGAACCAUCUAGCAUUACGAGUGAAAACGAGAAUUGGAAAUCAAAGUUUUGAAAGCAAUUUCAUGUUCACACUUUUCUCUAUAGAAAUAAAUUUAACAACAAAAGGUUUCGAACAAUUGGAGGAAGUUUUAAAUGAAAUUUUCGCUUUUCUGCUUUUAAUUAAGACCACAUCAAUUAACGAACACAGGACGAGAUACAAUGAAUUUGUGAAAAUAAAAAAUCUUUUAUCAAAAAACCGAAGAGAAAAAUCAGCGCUGGUAAAUGUUCAAGAAUUGGCAGUAAAUAUGAAAUUUUUCGAUGAUGAAAAUGUCGUCAUUGGAAACGAAAUUUGUGGCGAAUUCAAUGAAAAAGUUUUACAGAACUUCAUUGACAGGUUAAAUGAACGAAAAUUCAACAUAAUGAUUUUAUCUGAUAAAAUAAGUAAUACGGAGAAGCGUGAAAAAUGGUUUGGAACGAGAUACUCUGCAGUUGACCUGCCAAAAUACGUUUUAAAGCUUUGGAACGAACGAUGGCUACACGUUGGAUUUGUUCUUCCUAAACCAAACAACUACAUUUGCGAGAAUUUUGAACUUUUCGAAAGUUCAUGCGAAGAUGAAUCUUCAGCAUAUCCAAGAAGAAUCUUUCAUAACGAUGCUUGCCAAUGUUUCCAUUUGUUGGAUAAUAAAUUCAAACUUCCACUUGGAUUUAUUUAUGUUUACCUGAUGUCGGAAAUUACCGAAUCUACUGUUCAGAAUUUGAAUAUGACGUCAAUUUAUUCGAUGUGUGUCAAAAACUUCUUGUCCAAAGAACUUUACCCUGCAACUAUCGCUGGAUACAAUUACAAACUUCAUUCAGUUGAUGAUGGUUUGGUUCUGAGAACCAACGGCUUUAAUGCAAAACUGCCUUCGAUUGUUGAUAUCAUUACGAAGACAAUGAACACAUUUUUAAACCUAAUCGACCUUAGUGUGUUUGAAACUUUCAAGAGAGAAUUGAAAAAGAAUUUCAAUAAUUGUCUUGCUGAUGAAAAUCUUUUAAAUGAUGACUACCGAUUAUCUUUCAUCAAUAGCAAUCACAGAUCUUUCCAGGAACGUCUCGACAAUAUCGAUUUAAUUGAUUUCAAAGAUUUCACAACUUUCUGUGAAAAUUUUCUCAAAUCCUUGAAAGCAAAAAUUUUAAUUCAAGGAAAUUUCACAGAAUCAAAUGCAAUUUCUAUAACACAAAUGAUCAUUGGCAAUUUAAAUAUUAAAGAGAAUAAAGAAGCGAAGAUGAAGAAGAAGAAUCUAAGUGACAUUCUCAGGGUUCCCAUCGGUUCGUCUUAUUUGAAAAUACAAUCAAGUCGACAACACAACAAUAAUUCAUUGUUGAAAAACUAUUAUCAGAUAGGAAAAGCAACGAUUCAAAAAGAAUGUAUUGCAGAAACUCUAGUGGGAAUGAUGUAUGAGCCACUGUUCGAUGCUUUAAGAAGUCAUGAACAGUUGGGAUAUGGUGUUGCAUGUACGUUAAGAAAGAAUUCUGGAAUUAUAGGAAUCACAAUUACUGUUGAAUAUCAAGAGAAUCGACAUUCAUCUGAAAUUGUCGAUAAGAAAAUUGAAGAAUUUCUUAAUAAAUUCUAUAAAAUUUUCCUCUCAAUGAGUGACAAAGAAUUUUCAUCUGUUAAAUCUUCUUUAACUUCUAUUAAAUUAGUCAAUGAUACCGAUCUGGAGCAAGAAGUCGUCAGAAAUUGGAAUGAAAUAAGAAUUGAUGAAAAUAUCUUUGAUAGAAAUGAAUUGGAAGCUUUUGAAAUUGAAAAGUUGACAAAGAAAGAAAUUGAAGAAUUUUACUUUAAAACUUUCUUGUCAAUUCAAAGUGUAAGAAAAUUAUCAGUCCAAGUUAUUCAUAGAGAAAAUUGUAAGGUUUAUGAUAAAAUUGAAGAAUAA